AUGACGCAGGAAAAUACGAACAAUGUGAUCUCGCCGUCUACGAUCAAACACAGGUUCCUCUCCAAACCCAAGGAGGUGGGGGUAGUGGCCGUUGGCUUUUCCGGAGGCCAGAGCAAACCAGGAGUCGAUGAUGGCCCCACAGCUCUCAUCGAAACAGGCCUACUCGAGCAACUCCAAGAAGACCUAGGCUACACCGUCAACUACGACAACGAAGUCCACAACUACGGCGACAUCGUCCCUGUCUCCGACCCCGACUUCCGCGGCAUGAAAAGGCCCCUCUCUGUCAGCGCCGUGACAGAGAAGCUCAGCCAGCAAGUCUACGAGCACGCGCGAGAUGGCAAGUUUGUCCUGACGUUGGGCGGCGACCAUUCCAUCGCUAUCGGGACCGUGUCGGGAACUGCGAAGGCGAUGCGGGAGAGGCUGGGGAGGGAGAUUGCGCUGAUCUGGGUGGAUGCGCAUGCUGAUAUUAACACGCCGGAGACGAGUGGGAGCGGGAAUAUACACGGGAUGCCAGUGGCGUUUCUCACGGGGUUGGCGAGAGAGAAGAGGUCGGAUGUCUUUGGGUGGCUGGGGAGGGAUCACUUUGUUAGCACUCGGAAGCUGGUGUAUAUUGGUUUGCGCGAUGUGGAUCGCGGGGAGAAGAAGAUUCUAAGAGAGAAUGGGAUUCGGGCACAUGGUAUUGGACGUGUUGUCGAGAUGGCUCUGGCGCAUAUCGGAGCCGAUACACCAAUUCAUCUCUCGUUUGAUGUGGACGCUCUUGAUCCCCAAUGGGCUCCUAGCACGGGUACUCCCGUCCGAGGCGGGCUGACUCUCCGUGAAGGCGACUUCAUCGCUGAAUGCGUUCACGAAACGGGGAACCUGGUUGCGAUGGACUUGGUGGAAGUGAACCCAAGCCUGGAAAUCAUGGGUGCCAAUGAGACCAUCCGGGCGGGCUGCUCGUUAGUCCGCUGUGCAUUGGGGGAUACACUUCUCUAG